CGGCCGGCCAUGGCUUACAGUCCGCUGUGUCUGUUUCUGCUGCUGAGCAGCUACGCUCUGGCACAGGAUGUCCAGGAAACGGCUUCAUGUCCGAUGGCUUCAAGAUUCAAGGCCCAAAGGAAAUACGUGUACCAGUACGUCGCAGACAGCCGAAAUGGAGUGGUCGGUUCUGCCGGCCUGCAAAACGGCCUUAAAGUCACUUGUGAGGUGGAGAUCCAGAUCCCCCAGAUGUGCAGGUUCAUCAUGGUCACCAGGGACUGCUCUCUCAGCGAGGUGUCCACCAUGGAUGGUCAGCCUGAGCCGUUCUACAGCCCGGCGCCUGGCUCCGACGUCUUCAGAGCCAGCAUGGAGAAGAGUCCUCUGAGGGUCAUAGUCCACUCAAACAGCCAUGUGGAGGUCUACCCUGAGGAAGACGAGCCUGUCAACAUCCUCAACAUCAAGAGAGGAAUCUUCUCUGCCUUCAUGGUGCCCAUCAUGGAGGACGGACAGAGCAGUCUUAUGAGCACCAUCCAUGGGCGCUGUCUGACAGCACACACUCUUCAUUCCAGCCAGGAGGUUCGUCUCUCCAGAGACCUGUCCCAGUGUGACCAGUUCUACGGCAGGAAGCCCACCAGUAGCCCAGUAGCUCUGCUGCAACAGCUGCAACACCCCAUCUCCAAACUCAUCAGCAGCUCUCAGAGCUGCAGAUAUCUGUUGGAUAGCCGGGGGACACACGUCAGCACGGCCUCAUGCACUGAGACGCACCGAUACCUCCCCUUCUCCCACGGGGAAAAUGGAAUCUCAUCUGUGGUAAAGCAGGAUCUUAACUUUCAAAGUGUGAAAAGGAUCAGUAGCAGAGGUUUUGAUGUUGAGCCCCGGCAGGCAAAGCCUCUACACUUUGAUGAACCGGAUGAUAAAACCGUAAUCCGCACCAAGGAGGACAUUCUGAGCAUCCUGCAGGAGCUGGUAGCGCUAGCGAGCACAGAUCAAGGCCAGAAGAGGACCAGCCUUUUCCACCAGCUGGUGUCCAGCAUGAGGUCCCUGAGGAAUGAGACUCUCAGCCAAACAGUAGCUGAGAUGGUACGAGUGUCCAAGUGGCUGACCUUCCAGGCUCUGUUCCAGUGCGGAACGGCAGAAUGCACCAGUGCCAUCCUGCAGGUCAUCUGGACCAUAGAGGGGGUCUCACUGGAGGUAGAUGCUCUGGUCUACCUGCUGGGUCUGCAGGCCAAUCCUGAUGCAGCACGUGUGCGAGAUAUGCUCAGCAUGGCUCAGUACAAACAGAGCAAAGCCAUCAUGUAUGCGCUGGCAAACACGGUGAAAAGGUUCUACAAAGGAGGAGUAACUCCAGAGAUCAAGGAGGUGUCAAAGUUCAUGGAGAUGAUCUUAAACGAGUGCUCGGAGGACAACCGCGACUCUGAAUCCCCUUCAGAUCCUCAGGAGGAGGCCUUUCUCGUACUCAGAGUUGUUGGUGUCAUGGGUCGGGCUAUGCAGGACGUCAGUCCAUCGCUCAUCUCCUCUAUCCUGGGAUGCAUGAAGAAAACUAAUAUACCGUUAUCAAACCAGAAAGCAGCCAUCCAGGCCUUCAGGCUGAUGGAGAUCACUGAUGAGAUUCGGCGUUCCCUCCUGGAGGUGUACCGGGACCCUCAGAGUUCAGCUGACAAACGUCUGGCAGCCUACAUGGUUCUGAUGAAGAACCCGGACCAGUCCGUCAUCAGAGAGAUUACAAAUGCUCUAAGAGAUGAAAAGGAUGAGCAGCUGAAGAGCUUCGUGAUCUCCCACCUGCACAACAUCCACAGCUCUGAUGAAAAUCCUGAAAUUAAGGAGCUCAUUGAGACAUUAUUGAGGGACAAACUCACCACCACAAACACUGAGUUCAACCGUUUGUCAAAGAACUACAAGCUCAGCUCCCAGCUGGGCUCCAUCCAGAGCAGCGUCAUCUUUGAUGGCAGGAACACCCUGCCAAAGGAGCUGAAGCUGGAGGCCGCGUUGAAGGCCUUCCAUCAAAGCUAUGACCUGUUUGAGGUCGGACUUGAAGGAGCGGGAUUUGAACCAACUGUCGAGGCUCUUUUUGGGAAGAAGGGCGUCCUUCCUGAAACCUUCUCCAGACUCAUAAAUUUUGCAGGCGAAGGUGCUCCAAUGUUUCGAGAACUUCUGGAAAGGAUUUCAGGAAGACAAAGCAAGAACAGGAGACAGGUUCCAGAAGAUCACCUGACGGCAAUCAUAAACCACUUCCAGAAGCUCCUUCAGGAUGCUCGGUUCUCUGCAGCUCCAGAAGCCACUGCCUUUCUCAGACUUCUGGGAAAUGAAAUUGGAUACAUGAAGAUGAGCGAAAUAAGACAAAUGUUGGAGACUCUAUUCAUGUACCUCCAUGUUUUUAUCCGCGUAAUACCUUCACAGGCCUUCUUAAAGCUGACCUCCAGCACUGAAAACGAGAUGUUUUUCCACUACAUCUUCAUGGACACGUCCUUCUCUCUACCCACUGCCUCUGGUCUUCCUCUCAAGUUUUCCUUGUCUGGAGUGUUGGCCCCUGGUGCCAGAGGAGGCCUGACAGCCUCAGCAGAGACCGAUGUGUCCUUCAAGCCUUCAGUAGGGUUGGAACUGAUCACCCAAAUGGGUGUGCACCUCCCAGACUUUGUGGAAACAGGAACUGAGAUGCACAGCAGUCUGUACCAUGAGAGCUCAUUUAAUGCCAGAGUAAGUGUGAAGAAGAACCAGAUGAAGCUGUCCAUCCCUGCUCCAACGUCCAGCAGCCAGCUGCUUAGCAUCAGGAAUCAGCUGCUGUCCGUCUCCUCCGGCCAAACCAAGCCGCUACCGUCGCUGGUAGAAAAUCAGGUGGACUCCACAGACUGCCAGCCUCUGAUCACAGGACUCAACCUGUGCACCGUGGUCAGAUACUCCAACGCUUCCUCCGUGGAACAGGCUCCUUAUUUCCCUCUGACUGGAGAAGCUCUGUUUGCUGUUGAGGUCCAGCCCACGGGGAAAGUUUCCAAGUUCGUGGCCACCAUCAGCGACGAGACUGUGAGGGAGGGUAAAAGGGGCCGAACAAAAGUGGAGACGCUGAAGCUCAGCCUCAGGACAGAAGGUGAAGAGCCAAUGGAGGCUGCAGCAUCGGUCAAAUAUAACCACCAUAAAAACUCCAUCUCCUCCGAGCUGCUCAUUCCUGACUGGGACCUGGAAGCUGGCGUCAGCCUGGAUGUGACCAGAAGUGAUGGAGACAGGAGGAAGAUGAGAGGUUUCACUAUUAAUGUGAGCAACAAGAACAUCCCGCAAUUGACUUUAGUGGGACGUGCGAGACAUGAAAUGAUGAAGGAGAUCAUGCUGCAGCUCCAGAUGGACAUUCCCUCUCUGAAAAUGGAUGCAUCUGUCACUACGAUCCUAAGGAAGGAUGAAAAUGUUCUGGUGGACUUCGAAUCAGCCCUUCAACUUCCUAAUGCUUCAUACCUUCAGAAGGCAUCUCUAAAAUAUGAUGAUCAUAAAUUUCAGGUAGAACUGAAUACAGAUCUAAAUGCAGAGAUAAAGAAAAUGAUCCCAAACGGAGAAGAACAUCAGAGGAAUCUCCAGAAGCUCGUUGAUGAAAUCUUGGAUCAGAAAGUCGCAAAGACUGACAUGAAACUACGACACAUCGUCACCAAAGGGAUCCAGGCAGGAAACAACUGGCUGAACAAACUGACUGCUCAUUUUCCUCUUCUCACAAACCUACGAAGUAAGAGGAGCACCUCUGACCUCCACCUGCCCCCGCUUCCUGAGAAAAUCUUCCUCAAGUCUGACACUUUGUUGCAAUACAAGUUCAACAAGGAGAAGAUAACCAUCAACGUUCCUCUUCCAUUUGGAGGCAAGAAUUCAGAAGAACUGAAUCUUCCAAAGACUUUAUCUGUUCCAGUCAUCGAUCUUCCGCAGAUUGGGAUCUAUAUUCCAGCUCAAAGGUAUUCGCUCCCGACAAUCAGUUUUCCAAGAUCUUUGGAUCUCACUAUUGCUCUUCUUGGGCUGGCCGAAGCAUCAACUAAGAUCCACAGCAACUUAUACAACUGGGAAGGAUCGAUUGUUGGGGGGAACGACACGGUGGAUAUCCCUAACUAUGUGGCGCGGUACCAGGCUGUCGCUCAGUCCCCAAUAAGUUUACUCUCCUACAAAUUUGAAGGGGCUGGGAUGAUAUCAGGAAGAGCAGAAGACAAUCUCAAGUAUCUUCUCAACUGUUCUUUUAGUCACAUGUUACUGGACACCAGCGUCAGCAUAUUGGAAACAGUGAGAGUGACAGAGAGACUGAAUGCUCAAGCCAAUUACCAGCUAAAGGCCUCCAGUCCAUUAGGCCUUCACGCCUCCCUCGACUACUCUGCUCAGUCCACUUCUACCCUGAAUUCUGAUGAAGUUUUAGGAGAUGGUACUUUAGAUGGAUUACUCAAACUUGCUUCUUUUCACGUCAACACGUCUUACAGCCACAGCUACAAUCUGCGUCCUCAUGAUCGGGAAGGACGGGGAAAAUCCACCUUACGCUUUGAUUCCCCCUUUAGUCACUUUCAAAACACGAUCCAAGGAGUUUAUGCAAAUUCUGAGUUAAAUGUCAUAUCAAAAACAAGUUCCCAAAGUGAUGUCUUCAAACAUGUUGCAGAACUUAGGUACAAAGAUGCACAACUGACCUUGAAGUGCAAUGGGGUGUUGUUGGCUUUGGAGAAAUCAGUGAAAAACGUAUUUGAGCUUGGUGUAUCGAGCCAGAAGUCCAUCCUCAGGGUUGAGUCUCAGGUUGAUGAUGACACAAGUAGAGUAUACUCACUCAUAACUGGUUCUCUGGGUUCAAAUGGACUGGUCCUCAACUCUGAGGGUUCCCUUAUCUUUGCUAUGGGUCGAGGUUUACAUAAAGCCACUGUGCGAGCUGAAAGAAAUGGACUAACCUUCAGUGGAAUGAACAGCAUACAGUGUAGCCCAGUGACAAUGGAGAAUACAUUUGAUGGAGCAGUAGAUUUCAAUGGAGCAUCCUGCUCCUCCUUUACCAAAAUGAUGGCUGAGGAAGGCAGAGGGGAGCUUAGCAUUGAAGGUAAAGUCACUCCUUCAGAGGCGUCUUUGCACGGUGACUUUAAGGGUCAUGUGUACGAUGCAGCGACAACAAACAACAUGGACCUAAAACUGAACAGAAAAGGCCUGACUAUCAGAGGGAACACAAAGGGAACGCUGAGGCAGAUGAUGACAGAGAACAGCCAUGAACUCAUCGUCACUCUCUGGACAUUAUCCCUCCACUCCAAGACUGAGAACUUCAUCUGUGAAGAUCUCUACUAUACACAAAACACCAAGUUCAAGGCAAAGCCGUUUCUUGUGUCACUUGACUUCUCCAAUAACCUCAGAUUUUAUGACCUGAUGUUGAACAAAGAAAGUCAUGUAAAGCUUGAUCUGCUGGAGUUGGAUCUCAGCGGAUCAUUGAAUGGAGCUUUCAGAGAACAACACAACAUCAGUCACACCUAUGAACUUACCUACAAAGACCUAUCUGGUUCAGUGAAGUCAAGCACAUUGGUGGACAUAAUGGACACCCAGUUAGGUCAUAGGUGUAGUCUCCAUUUUGCAGGAUUUUCCUCACUAUUAAAGUGUGAGGCAAAGCUAAAUUCAGAACCUCUACGCUUUGGUGGAAACAUUCAGAUUCAAGCUUUGCCUUUCAGUCUGGACAUCGACUCAUCUGUGGAGAGUGAAGGUGAGAUCAAUCUAUAUGGGAGGCACAGAGGACAGAUCUUCAGCUCCUUGGUGGUUAAAACAGCCCCACUAGCUCUUGCAUGGUCACAUGACUGUUUGGUAUCGACUGCACAUUGGCUCCCAAAUGGAGAGUCUUCAAUGAGCUUCAACAACAAAUUUAAAGGUCAUCUUACUCCAAGAGACCAAGCUCUGGACUGGAAAGUAAACUCCAAACUUAACAACAAUGCCUAUGAGCAGAGCAUCACUGCUUACAACAAUCCUGAUAAGGUUGGACUCGAGCUUUCGGGAGUUGCACUCACAGAUUUUCUCAGACAAAAGAGAUCCAAACCAGAAGCACAAACGUUCAGUAUAGCUGGCUUCCUUAAGUACGACAAGAACAGUGACUGUCACACCAUUGAGAUCCCAGUCAUUGAAAGCUUCCCUUCUGCUUUUGACCACAUUAAGAGGACAUUUGCAGCAGCCUUAGAAUCUCUUCAACAAUUCCUGCAGAAUUUAAACAUUAAUCAGCUCAUCGGAAACUUCAGAGCAAACUUAGAUCAGCUGCCAGUACAAGUAAAGAACUUCAUGAAGAAAAUUGACUUGGAUAAUCAAGUUGUUGAAAUAAAAAGAAGACUUGAUUAUUUGAUGAACGAGUUUUCCGUAUCCAUGGAUGACUUGGAACUUGGUUUGAGCAAUCUGAAAAGAAUUUUAGAAGAAAACAUUCUGCACAUAGCUACAGAAGUGCAUAACCUAAUUUCUGCAGCAGAUGAGUUCAUCACUGCAGGGCAUCUGACCCACAACAUAACAACUAUACUUUCAUAUAUCAGGGAUCAACUGCAGGCUUUUGAUGCAAAAUACAACAUUAAGCAGUCACUGCUCAGAACACUUGAUUUCAUGGAAGACAUAAUCAGACAGACGGACUUACGGAAGCUCAGGCAAAGCAGUGUAGCAUUCCUGCAUGAGCUUGACCUACAAUAUGGGAUCCUGGAGACUAUCAAGGAAAAACUGUCUGAACUUAAAACCACCAUUGAGGAUUUCGACCUUGUCCAGGUUUUGGAAAAUGUGAAGACCUACCUCUUGUCCAUUGACUGGGCUUACUAUGUGGAGCAGUUUUCCUAUCAGAUCCCCAUGUCAGAGAUAGCUAAGGUUAUGGAAUCCAUGAACGAGGUCAUUCUCAACUGGAUCGAUGAAUAUGAAAUCCCCAACAAGCUAAAUGCAGUGUUAGCCUACUUUAAAUAUCUGCUUUUGAAAUAUGAACUGGAUGAUAUUUUUAAGGACUUCAUUGAUCAAGCAGUGAUUCUUGUCAAGGAAUGGAAACUUGAGGAAACUUUGCAAAAAAUCGUUGAAGCUCUGAAAUCCAUCAAAAUUGAAAUUGUUUAUGGCAAAAUUAUGGACUUUCUCUACAUACUAACAAGCAAAGUUAGAGAAGCUGACUUCCAAACAGUCAUAGAUGACCUUAAUGGACGCAUCUCCUCAAUUCUUGAAUCGAUGAAAGGCUUUGACUACAGUGCAUUUGUUGAUCAGACAAACAGGGAGAUUGCUGAUCUGACGGAUUACCUAAACAAAGAAAUUGAAAGGUAUGAGAUUGUGAACAAGAUUGAGGCUGUUAGGCAGUUUUUCAGAGAAAUUCAACAUUCCAUUUAUACGUAUCUGGAUGAACUCAAAAACACCAAAGUGUCCGAAGUCUUGAAGAAGCUGAAGGAUGUGAUGGACUCUACAUUUUACAAUGAUGUCAAACUCAAAGUUCAGGACAUCCUGGAGGACAUGCGGCAACGAAUUCUAGACAUGGACAUUAGGGAUGAAAUUCACAUUUACUUCCAGAGAGUAAGUGACUCCUACAAAAACACAGUUGCCUUCAUUUCUGUACACUUUGAUAGACUGAUAGAGUGGAUCAAAACACUGGCUGGGGAUAUAAAGGUAAUUGAGCAGACGAAGCGAGCAGUAGAAGAAGUUCUCGUGCAAUUAAAAAGAGCCGAGAUUGAAAUUCCAACCUUUACUAUUCCUCUUACUGACCUGGUAAUACCUGAAUUCACUAUCAAUCUGAACAGAAUGCAGGAGAUUACUAUUCCAGCCCAAAUAGCAGUACCAGAGUUCACCUUCCUAGCCUCGUACACCAUCCCUGCUUUGAAAAUAGACUUUAAAGAGAUCAAGACCAGGAUUGUUGCAGUAAUUGAUAGGAUCCGGGGAUUUCAGAUCAAAAUGCCUGACCUGGAGGACAUCUUUGGCAAUUUAAAAGUGAUUUACCUUCCUGACCUGCCAGACCUCACCUUCCCAGAAAUUGUUCUUAUAGAUAUAAAAGUUCCCACCAUAAGCAUCCCUAAAUUUAACCUGCAAGACUCUGGGAUGAGAAAGCUUACAGUUCCUGAUGUGGUGCUUCCAGAGAUUCCCACAGACAUCUGCAUCCCGGUGUUUGGAAAACUCUACGGAGAAUUUAGCAUUACUGCUCCACAAUACAUCCUUGUUAACAAAUUAAAGAUUGAGAAUUCCACUUCUGAUUCGUCGAAACCCAAGUUUGUGGCUACGUGCACUUCUCAUGCUAAAUCACCAAUCAAAGCCCUGGAACAUACGUUGGAAACCACGGCAGUGCUAGAAGCUCCAGGGAUGGAGAAACUACAUUUCAAACAGACCUUUAAGGCUACACACAUGGCCUUCUCGGUGGAUCAUGAAGUAUCUCUGAUGCUUCCUGGUUCUCCUGCAGAGAUUUCUGCUAAUGCUACCACCUUGGUGACCAGUGAGUUCUACACGGCCGAACUGGUUGGUAAUGCAGCUUUUUCAUUAGAGAGUGAAAUAUCUGCAGUUAUAGAAUCAUCAUUCAACCACAAGCUGGACUUCCCAGCAUUAGAUGCUUCCAGCCAGGUAUCACUGAAGCAAAACAUAGUUGCGAGAGUGGAGUCUGGAUUGGUUACAGUUACUGGGGAGUCUACUGGUUACGGGGAGUGGUCCUUUCAAGGGCUUUCUGAUGAAGGUACCCACAGAACCAAUGGGGAAUUUCAAGUUGAUAUGAGUACAGCAAAGCUUACAUGUAGAGGAGAAAUAGACUAUAACGCUUUAAGAUGGAAGCACAUGCUCACUGCUGAAUCGGCCAUUUUAAGCCAUAUUGCCUUUGAAGCUCAGAGCGAAUCCAGAACCCCGUUUGUCAAAAACAGUGUUUUGGUUUUAAAAGGAGAGGCUAACGUUGCAGACCUGAAAGCUGCUCUAACCUUCUCCCAUGAGGCUGAAUUCAUUGGAGAUUUGGCUGGAACCAUGUCUAACUCUUUAGAGCUCAAAGCCCAUCCAUUCGAGAUCGCCGUUGACGUCAGGAACAAGAUGAACUCCAAAGUUUUGCUCCCUCUAAAGCUCACUAGUAAGAUGGACUUCCAUCAUGAUUAUGGUGUCACGAUGAACUCAGAGAAACAGAGAGCUUGGUGGUUAGCUUUGGUGAGAUUCAAUCAGUACAAAUACAGCCACAACUUCACAGCAGAGAACAAUGAGAAGCACACCUUCUUUCAGUCUGUAGCAGAAGGCGAGGCUAACUUGGAGUUUCUAACCAUUCCCCUCUCAGUCCCAGAAAUGACAGUACCUUAUCUCCAAAUCCACACCCCAGAGCUCAGAGACUUAUCUCUAUGGGAAGAUGUUGGCUUCAAAUUCUUGCUUUUCGACCCUCAACAGUCAUUUGAUAUGGACCUCAGGUUUCAGUACCACAAGAACCCAGCUCUGCAUUGCUUUGAAUUGCACUUGGAACCAAUCUACAGUGCAAUCAAUAGCAAUUUUGAAAUAAUUCAGGGUCAAUUUGAGGUCUACAGAGACAAAAUGGUUAAAUUUCUAAAAUAUUCCUACAAUGAAGCAAGAACACAUUACCUCACACAUAAAAUCAACACCUCUAAGCUUCCUCCAAGAAUCUUCAGGGUCCCUGGAUACAGAAUUCCCCUCCUAGGCAUCCAGGUCUCUGCAUUCAGAGCAGAGAUGCCGGCAUUCAGCUACUUCGUCCCUAAGAAGGUGAGCACUCCCAGCUUCAGAGUUCCAGCUCUGGGCUUCUCUGUGCCUUCCUACACCCUUGUGCUCCCAUCUCUCAGGUUUCCUGUGAUUUAUGUUCCAGAAACUUUAAGUGAAGUGAAACUGCCAAGUUUCACUCUGCCAGCUGUCCAGGACAGCAUUGGGAUCCCAGCUAUGGGCAACAUGACCUUCGAUUUCUCACUGAAAUCCUCAGUGAUUUCCCUGAAUGCUAAUGCAGGUCUUUACAACGAAUCGGACAUUGUUGCUCGGUUUCGUGCAUUUUUUGUGUCUCCGUUUGAUGCUUUGAAAGGGAAGCUUGAUGGCACCACCAGUCUGACGAGGACAAGGGGUCUAAAACUGGCUUCUGCCAUCAGCUUGGAGCACAGCAAUGUCCAAGCCGACCAUGAAUGUUCAGUUAGUCUUACGAGGAGGAGCAUGGAAGCAUCUGCAGCCAACUCAAUCAAAGUAAAUUUACCCUUCCUUCAAAUUGAGAUGAAUCAGGAACUUUCUGGUGGCACCAGAACUAAGAUAAAUGUCCUGUCCAAGAAAAAGCUCAGCUACAUGUUUAAUGUUCCUCAGGUUGCAUUUGCAGGCAAAGGAAGCGUUGACACCACUUGGGACCUGAAAGCUCAGUCUUCUCAUGUGUUGGUGGAUUAUUCUACUAAAGGAAGGUCAGACAUGAUGAUAAUGGACUUGUUUAAUUUAGCUAGCAAUCUAGAAAAUACAAAAUCCUUCUACCUGAGCAUUAAUGGACUACGUACGACUGGCCAGACCUCCCUGUCCUUCACUGUGGACAAACAAGUUAAGCAGAAACGGAGCUUAAGGACCAAACUGUUCUUGUUUAAUCUGGAGAACAUGGUAGCUUCGGACAUUUCCCUACACCGUGUCUAUGCAACAGUCCGAUAUAAGAGCAACAACAAUUUUCAGACUGAACCUUUCACCAUGGUAGGAACACAUGCUGCUGGCGGGGAACUGGAUUUGGCUCCUCUCAAAUCCUUCAGUGCUUAUCUAGGGUGUGAUGUUAAUCAAUCGAGCAGUUUGGGUGAUGCUGUCCUUAGCCAGGACGUCACCUUAGCCUUCAGCUCUGAGAAGCAGUCAUUCAGCUGGAGUCUGAAGGAGCAGCUGGGAUCAGUCCUUCAUGGUUCUGACUGGAACAUUUUCAAUGAAGUGUCUGAAGCAGGUUUCGAGUUUUCUGUGUGGGUCGGAGGACCCCUGGCCUUCUUGAAGUUGAUCAAACUUCCUGUUUAUCAGAGGAGCCUGUGGGAUGUGCUCAAAUUUGGUGAGGUCACAAACAUAAAUAACGUGCAGCUGUUUAACUUCUCCUCUGCUGUUACCUACACAAAGAGCAUGGAUGGCUUUGAUUACCAGAUACCUUCUACCAUGAAUGAAGACGGCGUAACCUUCAGCUUGCCAGUGUUGAGCUUCGCUGUACCUCUCUGGGCCAAAGAGGCCCCUCUCUCCAGCACGAACACAGAUAUGAAAUUUGAGAUGGUGGAAGUCCCGGAUAAUGUCACCAUUCCCCCCAUCAUCACAGUCCCUGCCUUCCAUGUCCCAUUGACCAGCUGGAACAUCGGGUCCUUCACAGUGGACCCAAAGAGCUUGACCAUCCCUAAAGUGAUUCCAAAGCAGGCUUUUGAUAUCCUUUUUCCCGGCUUGCCUGUCAUAUCAGUGCCCAGUUACGACAUUAGAACAGAGUAUCUCAAGGACAAAAUGUCCUUCCUGUCCCUCAGGAUUCCACAGCAUGAGAUCACAGUGUCCUCCUUCACUGUACCAAAAUCUUUCACCAUCGGAGAACUCACCAUCCACCUGGAUGACAUCACCAAUCACAUUUCCAACUUUAAAAUUCCUGCUCUCUCUAUCCCAGAGCAAAAAGUGGAGAUCCCUGAACUUGUUCUGAAUCUACCUUCAAGCAUCUUCAUCCCGUCUUUCGGUUCUCUCAGUGCUCUUUUCAACAUUUCCUCCCCCAUCUACAAAGUUUCCACAGUGGCCUCUGUGAGCAAGAAGGACCUUAACCUUGAGGGUUUAAUCAGCUCUCUCUGUACUUCCACCCUGGUCUUCAUGGAAUACGAUCUGACUGCCUCUGCAACCAUCAGAUAUAUUGAUAAGAUGUUUCAGCUGAAUGGGGACGGCAGGUUGGCCCACAGGGACACGGCGGUGAACUGGCACCAUGUGUUGGAUCAUCCUCUCAGGAUAAAACGUCAAAUCUCCCGAGGUGAUUCUGUGAGCCGGGACUAUCGUCACACCCUGGAUGUCGACAUCACCAGCCCGACCUUCACAGACUUCAGCAUCCGCUUUGCGUCCCACAGAGACAGCAUUACAGCGUCCGCUUCAUCUCCAUCCGCUGGUUUCCUGGGCCUGGACCUGCAAAUUCAGCGACGGUCUUUGUCGCAGCUGCGACGGUCUUCGUCGCUGCUGCACGGCAGGCUGUUCAGCCGCUUUCUGGACUAUCCUGCGAAGGACAUCAACCUUCUGACUGCCAAAGCUUCACUGAGGAACUCAGACAAGCUGGUCCUGCAGACGUCUUGGAAUUGGGACUCCAUCAAUGAUCUGAUCACAGGCUUCAAGGACCGGAUCCCUCUAAUGACCAACAGUCUUCUGAAGUUCAUCAACAAGUACCACGUCUCUCACUUUGGCUUCGAUCUGAACCGAGCGUCUGUGAAGCUGAGGGCUGCUUUGCUAAACGCGGUAGACAGCGUCCACCAUGUCGCGUCUGCUUCCCUCACCGCGCUGCAGGACGCGCUCCAAACCCUGGCUGAUCUAGGCCUGCACUGGUACCAUGCAGCUUCUGACACCCUUCGCUUCCCAGAUUCGAUGGAUCUCAGAAACCAUUGGAUUGGAGAAGUUACAGGUGACUUCCUAAACAACAGGAACUUCUCUGUCCCUGGAUCAGACAGAAAGUUCUCCAUCUCAGAGAUGUUCCAGCAGGGGAAGUCCAGCAUCAUGGAGAUGAUUGCUGACUACACGUUCACUAUUCCUGGGACUGAGGUUGUGGUGAAUGGAAGUGAGAUCAUGUGGAACCUGAAGAGGGAAGUUGUAGCUGCUCGUUAUCAUGCUAUGCGGUGGCUUCGGCGGACAAGUACAGACAUUAAACACGCUGUUCGGCUGAAGAUCCAAGAGGCUCACAGCGCUCUGAGCAUGGAGCCAGUGAACAGCGCCGCCCAGGGGCUCAUCACAGUAUUACAGUCUAAUCUGACUGAGGCGGUACCAAGGAGCGUGGAUGUGAUGGAGAAGGUGACUGGGAGCACUGCGCCGUACAUCCGAGUGAGGAACAUCAUGGAGAUGAUUGCUGACCACACGUUCACUAUUCCUGGGACUGAGGUUGUGGUGAAUGGAAGUGAGAUCAUGUGGAACCUGAAGAGGGAAGUUGUAGCUGCUCGUUAUCAUGCUAUGCGGUGGCUUCGGCGGACAAGUACAGACAUUAAACACGCUGUUCGGCUGAAGGUCCAAGAGGCUCACAGCGCUCUGAGCAUGGAGCCAGUGAACAGCGCCGCCCAGGGGCUCAUCACAGUAUUACAUUCUAAUCUGACUGAGGCGGUACAGAGGAGCGUGGAUGUGAUGGAGAAGGUGACUCGGAGCGCUGCGCCGUACAUCCGAGUGAGGAAGGAGCAGGUGGACGUAGAAAUUCCUUUUCCCUGGAUGUCAGUCAGCGGAUGAUCGCCUGCGCUCAGAACCUGAGCCGAAAGCAGAGCCUCCUCUAACGGGCCGCCAAACCCAAGCCGAUCCAUCAUUUUAUC